AUGUCACUUUGGGCAGACAAGCAUCGUCCCAAAACGCUGGAACAACUCGAUUUCCACGAGGGGAUUUCUAACAGACUAAAGUCACUUGCUAGUUCGGGCGACUUUCCACAUUUGUUGGUGUACGGGCCUCCAGGAGCAGGCAAGAAGACAAGAGUGUUGGCCACGUUGAGAGAGAUUUUUGGGCCUGGAGUUGAGAAGUUGAAGGUUGAUGUCAAGAUUUUUGAGAAUGGCUCGAGAAAGCUGGAAUUCAACGUCAUUUCGUCGCCCUACCAUUAUGAGAUCACUCCCUCUGACAUGAGUGGAAACGACAGAAUUGUGAUACAGGAUUUGCUGAAACAGGUGGCACAGACCGAGUCAAUUGAUUUUACCAGAAAGAUGAAGUUCAAGGUAGUGAUAAUUAACGAGGCAGAAUACUUGACAAGAGAUGCGCAGGCUGCGUUGAGAAGAACCAUGGAGAAAUACUCUGGCAAUUUGAGAUUGAUCCUGUUGUGCAAUUCUACAUCCACCAUUAUUCCGCCUAUAAAGUCCAGAACUCUUCAAAUAAGAGUUCCAAGUCCAACGGCUCCAGAGAUGUCAUUGGUAUUUAACAAGAUCUUGGAGAAAGAAUCUGUCACCUCUUUCGACGAUGACCCCUCCAUCUUCGCCAACGUUGCGGCGAACUCUGAAAGAAACCUGAGGAUGGGCAUAAUGCUACUGGAAUCCCUCUACAUGAACAACGACCAAAUCACUGCAAAGACUCCCAUGAUACUGCCUGAUUGGAAGGGCGUUAUCAAGAACCUUGGAGCUGAAAUUCUCAAGAACAGAAACGUCCAGAUGGUGCAGAGUGCGAGAUCGACUUUCUACGACCUGAUUGCACAUUGCAUUCCGUCAAAGCUGAUCUUAUCAGAAUUAACUUGGGAGUUGUGGUAUUUGCUUGGUAACGUUAAAUCAGGCAAUGUUGACCAGAUCAAAGGCUCUAUAGUGGAUGCCUGCUCCACCUUUGACGAACGGCUUAGUCUUGGUCAGAAGGAUAUCUUCCAUCUCGAGGGAUUUAUUAUCAAGACCAUGGUGAUACUCGAGAAAAAUCUAUAA